UGAUAGUAUAUUUAGAUAAAUUAUUUUACUUAAAAUACUAUUAAACAUUAUUUUUUAGCCAUAAUAAUGAAUCUAAUAUUAAACUCCAUUACCAUAUCGUUAUGUUUUAUAUUUUACACAGUUGUCAAUGCUGAAACACAAAAGCCAUCAAAAUCUAAUCCAUUUCUUGUAUGGAAAAUAAUGCCAAAACUAUUGGAUAAAUUACGCGAAAAGUUUCCCAACCAGAAUGUAGAGAUAUUCAUACCAUCGCUGGUCAAAGAGAUCCAACAGUCCAUUCAAGUACAGCAAAUAGAUCCGACAAAUAUGUCGAGUUUGAUCCAACAGAUUUUGGAUCAAUUUCUACAGCAAAUCAAUACCAUUCAAAAGUCUACAACUGCUGCACCAGUGAAUGAACAAGAUUCUACACCAGCAAUGGACAAACAGAUGGAAACACCGGAAACAAAACAAGAAUACCGUUCCUUAUUUAGAUCGGUWAACGACAUGUCUGUUCCAGCAGUGGCCUCGCAAUUGCCKGAUCUGGCUUUUGAUAGAGAUCCAGAUCGGUUGCCGCCAUCCGAUGARUUCAUGAAUGCCGACUCCAAGAUAGACGACGGCGAAGGCAGUGACUGGGAUGGAGAAGAAGGUGACGGUCCCGGAGAGCCUGAAGACGACCUGUUUGUUCACAGCGAAGGACAUGACGAACAUGGAUUGGGACCUAUCGACGGACCCGAUGAUGGCGUAGAUGGMGAUGACAGCGGAGAUGUUAGUCGUAAACAAGUUAAAGAAUAG